AGAGAGAAAGAAGAAGUAUCUAUUUGAGCAGAGAGUCCGAGGUUGACAGAGUGGAGCCGAUCCCCAGAGGCUGGGAGGUUCCCACCAAGACCAAGACUGCAUCCAGGACCAGACGGCAGAGCUAGGGACAGGUGUGGGGUGCACAUUUACCAUGCCACGCUCCUUCCUGGUGAAGAGCAAGAAGGCUCAUACCUACCACCAGCCCCGCAUCCAGGAAGAUGACCCGAUCUGGCCUCCUGCCCUCAGCCCCAGGGCCAGAGACCAGGUCCUGAGCAAUGAUCCCGUCCUCAACACCCUGUUCCCAAACCAGUGCCUGACCUGGACUGACCUCAAACGGGAGCCAGAGCUGGAGCUGGAUCAGAGCCUGAGCAGGACGGCCUUGGUGCCAGAGGGCCCUGCUGUAAUGCCCCGAUCCCAGGACAGGGAGUCCGACUCACCCCCGUUCUACAAGCCCAGCUUCUCCUGGGAUGCCCUGGCCUCGUCCUACGGCCACAGCUACCGGCAGGCCCCCUCCACCAUGCAGUCUGCCUUCCUCGAGCGCUCCGUCAGCCUGUACGGCAGCCCUCUUGUGCCCAGCACUGAGCCGCCCCUGGACUUCAGCCUCCGCUGCUCCCCGGGCAUGGACACGUACCACUGCAUCAAGUGCAACAAGGUGUUCUCUACCCCACACGGGCUCGAAGUGCAUGUCCGCCGCUCCCACAGCGGGACCCGGCCCUUUGCCUGUGACGUCUGUGGCAAAACCUUCGGCCACGCCGUGAGCCUGGAGCAGCACACACACGUCCACUCCCAGGAGCGCAGCUUCGAGUGCCGGAUGUGCGGCAAAGCCUUCAAGCGCUCGUCCACCCUGUCCACGCACCUGCUCAUCCACUCGGACACGAGGCCCUACCCCUGCCAGUUCUGCGGCAAGCGUUUCCACCAGAAGUCGGACAUGAAGAAGCACACGUACAUCCACACAGGUGAGAAACCCCACAAGUGCCAGGUGUGCGGGAAGGCCUUCAGCCAGAGCUCCAACCUCAUCACGCACAGCCGGAAGCACACCGGCUUCAAGCCCUUCAGCUGCGAGCUGUGCACCAAGGGUUUCCAGCGCAAGGUCGACCUGCGGCGGCACCGCGAGAGCCAGCACAAUCUCAAGUGAGGCUGCACCUGCCCUGGGCUCCCGGCCAGCCCGCCGUGAGGUCCCGUGACCCAGAGGGAGGCCAGCCUCCUGCGCCCAGAUCCCCGGUCUCCUGGAGUCAGGGCUGGGCAGGAAUCUUUCAGCUUGUUUUGAGACUCAACAGAAUUGCUGUGUGACCUCGAGCAAGUUGCUUUCCGUCUCUGGACCAAGAUUUUCCUGCUGCAAAAUAUGAGAACUGGGCUGGGUCUUUUCUGAGCUAAGUUGUUUUAGAGGUCUAAGAGCUUGGGCGCCUUCCCUCUCAUGGAGCCCAGAAAGCCAGCAUGGCCCUCCCCACUCCCCCCAAGGGAUGCCAAGAAUAGCCCAUUACUGGAAUCCACAGAGAAAUCCUCCCCUUCUGCCUGUUGCCCACCGUGCUGGGAUCUGGUUUUUAGUGGGUCUCCUUCUGGCUGCCAUGGAUGUCCGGAGCUGCUUCUUGUCCCAGUAGGAGGCCUAAUACCCCUCUGCUUUGGCCAGAUGUGCUGGCUGCCCCCCACUUCUGACUGGCACUCAGCCGGCCGCGGGGCUUCCGGGCUGGAGAAGCAAGCAGUCACUGCUAACA